AAUAUGGUGAAUCCAAAGGGUAUAAGGCGCGGUACGCGUUAUAUGUUCGCUCGUGACUUCCGUAAGCACGGAGUAGAGCCACUGUCAACAUUCUAUCGAGUUUAUAGACGCGGUGAUAUUGUUGAUAUCAAGGGCAAUGGUGCAUUCCAAAAGGGUAUGCCAUUCAAAGUCUAUCACGGCCGGACUGGACGUGUUUUCAACGUUACGAAACAUGCAGUUGGUGUUGUUGUUAACAAACGUGUUCGUAAUCGUAUCAUAUCGAAGCACCUGAAUGUCCGAGUGGAGCAUAUCAGGCCGUCAAAGUGUCGUCAAGACUUUUUGAAUCGAGUCAAAGAAAAUGAGGCGAAAAAGAAGCAUGCCAAGGAAACUGGUGAACGCGUGCCAAUUGCACGUAUGCCGAAAGAACCACGUAAAGCUCAUUUGGUGAAGACGAAAGGAAAUGAACCUAAAUUGUUACGUCCUGUUCGUUUUGAAAUUGUUGCGUGA